AGCGGUUGCAGCCACGGGGCAAGAGCUGGUCGGAAAAUCUAAAAAGAAAACGAAGUCCACUUCGUGGCUUUCAGAAACACGGGAGCGGAGCAUACGAGAAAUAAAGACGCUGAUUGAAUUACAAAUCGGCCAACGACCAACCAGCGAAUUAGCCAAAGAUAAGGACCCAACGGGUAUAAAGAUGUGAGAAGGAUAUAGUAUAUUUGGAUUGCCAAACAAGUUGAUGUGGUUAGAAAAAGUUUCGCUCAAGUGUUGUUAAGUGCUGGAAAGUUUGCCGUGAUAGUUAAGUGCGCUCGUAACUGAAACUCGGCCGAUUCGGUGGCCUCACACGUUGGCAUUUCCGCAAAAACUUUUCGGCCACCCCUCGCCCUUCACUUACUCUUCCACCCCCUCAUACCCCUUCAAAUACUUGUACUCUCUCCGUUCUUCCGGGGGCCUGUCAAAAUGUUUUGGACUGAACUUUUCGGGCAGGCUCCACACAAUUGAAGUUUUGACAACAAAAUUUAGUUAAGCAAAGCUGCCGCGGUUUCAUAUUCUGUUCCCAUUUUUUUCGCCGUAUUCGUCCAGACUGCAGGCUGUCGUGAAAAACUGAAAACUCAAAACAGAAAUUCGAGAAAAAAAAUUUGGAAAGAACUUUUUUUAGAACCUGUCGAUCCUUGUUGGGUUAAAAACGUGAACUCCUGCAAAGUGCACAGAUUGAACGUGUGAUGUGAAUGCUCAACUAUGGAUCUGAAGACUGGCUCACUUCUGGUAGCGCCCGCCGUUAAAAACUCUAGCUGCUCGCAUCCGCGCUACUCGGGCCACAACUUCAUCGCUCACAUUGGAAUCGCGGAGACCAUCGAAGCGGUUCUCAUCCUGGUUUUGACCCUCGGGGUCAUUGGGGCCAACUGUCUGGUCAUCUUCGUCAUUAACAAUCGCCGCUAUGCCGCCUAUAUUCAUCAACAGCCACGUUAUCUGCUCACCUCCCUGGCCCUGAAUGACCUAACAAUCGGCCUGUUAAUUACACCAUUUGGCCUAAUGCCAGCAUUGUUUCAUUGUUGGCCAUACGGAGAGAUCUUUUGUCAGAUACAGGCUCUGCUCCGCGGCGCACUUUCCCAGCAGAGCGCUGUUAUCCUUGUUUGCAUGGCCGUCGAUAGAUAUAUGUGUGCCCUGCAUCCGCGGCGCUACUAUCAGCACUCUAGCAAGAAGGGCUGUGUGGCCAUAUUGAGCUUAACCUGGAUUAUCAGUCUCACCGUGUUUGGCUUCCUAGUGCUGCCCAAAGGCUACUAUUUCAACAAUACGGGUCUAAUGGCCUGCGAGCCCUUCUACAGCAAGCCAUCGUACAGGAUAUUAUCGACGUGUGCCCUCUACUUUCCCACGACAAUGGUGCUGAUGUACUGCUAUGGUUCCAGCUUCCACAUGAGCCGCUUUCGGCUCAACGAUCCCACCAUGCCCCUCACGGCAGCUGUCCACCAUCCGCACCCACAUCCCCAUCCCGCUGCCGCCCAGCUGCAGCACCUGCAACAGCAGCACUCGCAUCUCUACCACGGCCACUCGCAUCCCCACCAGCAUCCGCAUCCGCAUCCCCACCAUCUUCAGCAUCAGCACCAGCACCCCCACCAUCCGGCCCCCGUAAUGGGGCACCUUGGGAUGGCGAUGGGCAUGGGACUGGCCGGCAUGCCGAACAUGACAAACAAGAUUACCAAAAAGAUUGUCCCCAUCCAAGAGAAAAACUCCAGCGGCAACACUUCACGUUCCAUGGCUGCCAUCUCGCUGGGCUUCAUUGUUAUGGUCACUCCUUGGACCAUUCAGGAGAUAGUCACCGCCUGCACAGGAUCCAAGUUGCCUCCGUUCCUGGAUUUUCUCGUCACCUGGACGGCUCUGAGCAAUAGUUUGUGGAAUCCAUUCAUGUACUGGCUGCUGAACUCUGAUUUCCGGAGGUUGAGUCGUCAACUGAUGCCCAACAAGUGUUUCCCCCAUGAGGAUACGCCGGAGCACAAAUCAGGCUGUUGUCACAUCAAUGCUAACGAUUUUGAAAUCACGACGCUUCCAAUGCCCCCGGAGCCGCCGUCCUCCCGCCCGCCGCCUGGCAAUGGCAGUAGUGGCGGUACGGGGGGCGGAGUAACUGGCAGCGGCUCCACUUCGGCCGGAGGAGGCGGCGGUGGAGGUGUGACCAGUUCCAUCGGCGGCUCAGUUCUGGGCAUUUGCGCGCGCUCGCGGGCCAAUAGUUUGAGCCGCAGUGCCUCCCAGUACAUCCGGGGCACGAUGGGCGGCCACAGUUACGCCCACGCGCAGGCCGCAGAGGCGUACUCCACCACCCGGCCGGAUAUCGAAGGACUGUCCGAAAAGUAUUGGGGCGAAAUCCUGGAGCGGACCGUCAGCUCCGGGAAUCUAAGCGCCAUGCAGAAGAACCUGCCCCACCUGCCGUACUCCACCCACCCCCACCACGUCCACCAGCUGCACCAGCCGCAGCAGCACCACCACCAAACCCAGCAGCAGACCACCUCCUUCAGCAAGGCCAGUGAUCUGCACCUGAAUCUCUCCCAGUCCACCACUGCAUCAGAGCUGGGAAAGUUCUCCAACUCGGAGCCCAAGCUGUGCGAGCACCUCUUCCACGAUGUCCACUGCGCCAAAAGCAAGGCUGCGGCCUUGGCGACCGGAAACGGAGGCGCUCUCGACCUGGACUCAUCCGCCAAGCUGUCCUGCGGGCGGAGCAUUCCGGAUAUUUAGUACGCAGAGGACGUGAUCCUGGCCAACAGCCAGCAAUUGGCGCGCCAGGCCAAGUGCUCCCACCACCCCCUCCACCAGCAGGCCAGGGUGCGGGGCCAUCUUUUCGGGGGGCAGCAGCACACGGGCAGCCUGCGUCUGAGUCGGAUUCGGGCGGCCUGUCAUAGUCCGCCGCCGGAUAAGUCCAGCUUUCCGAUGGCUGAGUACCGCAAGUAGUCGGUAAAAAUAAACAGAGAAGGUAUAACCGCAGCAAGUUUUGGGGAGUGAGAAUGAAUAGAUAUGUAUAUCUUUAAGAUUCUAUAAGUGUAUGUGCGUGUGUGUGUCUAUAAAAUAUCUUAAGGGACUAUUAAAUGUUUGUCAUAUUUUAGAUUUAAGAACUCUGGGGUGGUUUUUUAAUUUUUCAGAAAUUGUGAAAUUUUCAUAAAAGAAAUACAAGUUUAUAUUGUAUUUUCUUACCUAAGGCAUUCAAACAUCUUCAAUUUUCGAAGAAAAACCUUCAGCAUAUGCUACUUUCUGGCCAAAAGCUUGAGCCAAACAAAUUCUGUAAAAGUGAAAACCUACAAGACCCUCAUACAAUGAAUGGCAAACUUUUAUGCCAUAAAUAGAUAUUUCCUUUACCUAAGUAUUUUAGCUAGACUGUUGAUUCUCGGACUUUAUGCUUUUGCCUUCUGUAAGUCCCCGAUCCUGGGGCUACUCUAGCGACUUCGCCCAUCCAAUCGGCAAACAAAGCCAACUUAAGCUAACAACAACGUUAACCAUAGUAAGUGUUCAUUAAGUGUUUGUGAUACCUUAAGUUUCCCCAGUAAGCAAAAAUAAAAUUAAUCGUAAUUGUUGUAAAGUUGUGUAUGUGCAUCUGAUAAAAAUUAAAACCCGAAGAUAGAGUUUAAAAUGUAACCAACAUGGUUGGUACCGACAGAGAUAUCAGACUUUCCUCUCAGAUCCCAAAAAAACUUACCCCUCGAUUCUGGCCCCAUUUACUGAUCAAAGUAGAGUCUGAAAUUGGUGGAUCUUAAAGCGUUGUGGUUAAUCAUAGUUCUAGUUUCAUAGCUCAGAGUCAGAUACCAAAUUACUCACUAUUCUACGAAUCAAAAUCAAAUCCUAACUUUGUGAUUGUCAAGAAUUUAAGUCGGUUGGUGUGAAAAUUAUUGUUAAAUCAUUUAUAAUUUGUAGCUAAGUAACCUAUUAUAGAUAAAUCGAAAUCAAUUUACCUUU